UCGUGAGGAAGUAUGUGAGAAGGUCAAUCACAGCUUGCUUCGAUCCACCCGGCCUAUAUUUUUCGAAUCCACCGCAGUGCGCUCAGUAGCAGCGUGGACGCUAAGCUCAAUUCAGUUACAGUGUUGAUUUACAAACAAACAUAUCAAAGCCUACUUUGAUCGAUCGGAUGGAAGUUGAUUUAUUUGCGGCAAUAGCCGUAGGAGCGCUCAUCCUAGCGGUAUAUCAUCACCUGUUGAAGCGGUACCAGUACUUCCUGACGAAACCGGUGUCAUGUGUGAAACCCUCGUUUCCGAUGGGCAGCAGCGGUGUAAUGCUGACCCGCAAACGAGAUAUCUUCAGCCACAUCCAGAUGAUGUACAACACCUAUCCGGACGCGAAGAUAAUGGGAUUCUAUGAUUUCACGAAGCCGGUUUACAUGAUUCGUGACCCGGAGGUCAUCAAGAGGAUAACGGUGAAGGAUUUCGACCAUUUCAUCGAUCAUACACCCUCGAUGACUGGUCAGGGCGAAGAGCCAGGUGAAAACUCCCUGCUUGGAAAUACGCUGUUCGCGUUACGUGGACAGAAGUGGAGGGAUAUGCGCUCGACGAUGAGUCCGGCUUUCACUGGCAGUAAGAUGCGGCACAUGUUCGAACUGGUAGCGGAGAGCGGUCAGUCUACGGCGAAGUUCCUACUUGCGGAAGCUAAGGCCCGGAAAAGGUUGGAGUUUGAGAUGAAGGAUACCUUCACGCGGUUUGGAAACGAUGUGAUCGCGACGGUAGCGUUCGGGAUCAAGGUGGACUCGAUGCGCGACCGUGACAAUGAGUUUUACAUGAAGGGGAAGCAGUUGCUGAACUUCCAGACGUUCUUGUUGAAGAUCAAGUUCAUUAUGAUGCGAGCAAUGCCAACUUUGGCGGAGAAAUUGGGCGUGGAUUUGUUGGAUGCAGAAGCGGUGAAAUAUUUCAAGGGGAUGAUCUUGGAGAACAUGAAGCAGCGUAAGGCGCAUGGAAUCAUUAGGAACGAUAUGAUCCACAUGCUGAUGGAGGUACGAAAGGGAGCACUGAAGCACGAGAAGGAUGAACAGGAUACGAAAGAUGCAGGUUUUGCUACUGUGGAAGAAUCGCAAGUCGGAAAAACGACGCAUUCGAGAAUUUGGAAGGACAAUGAAUUGGUAGCGCAGUGUUUCAUCUUCUUUGUGGCGGGAUUUGACACCGUGUCUACGGGUUUGACCUUCUUGGCAUACGAAUUGGCCCUUAAUCCGGAGAUUCAGCAGCGUCUAUACGAAGAAAUCAUAGAAACUGAAACAACGCUCGAAGGAAAGUCUCUGACCUACGAAGUGUUGCAGAAGAUGAAAUACUUGGACAUGGUCGUAUCUGAGGGCUUACGGAAGUGGCCAGCGGGCAUUCUGGGAGAUCGUUACUGUACCAAGGACUAUCAGUACAAGGAUGCCGCUGGCUCGUUCGUGAUCGAAAAGGGAACCUCGCUAUGGAUUCCCACGAUUGCUAUACACAACGACCCACAGUACUAUCCCAAUCCGGAAAAGUUUGAUCCGGAGCGAUUCAGCGACGAGAACAAAUCCAAGAUCAACCCGUUCGCCUAUAUGCCGUUUGGAGUUGGACCGAGGAAUUGCAUCGGGUCACGACUGGCACUGAUGGAAAUGAAGCUGAUCAUGUACUAUCUGUUGCGUGAGUUCAGCUUCGAACCGACGGAGAAGACGCAGAUUCCUUUGAAGUUGGUCAUGAGCGGAUUCGCCCUGCAGGGAGAGAAGGACGUUUGGUUGGAGUUCAAACCAAGGGCGUUGUAAGAUGGAGUUGAAUUCUGUGUAAUUCUAUGGUACUUAACUAUUUUCGUUGCAAACAUUUUCGACGGCAAUAAAUAGCAGAUACCUAGCACGAAUGUUCAAAAUA